AUGGCUGCUUGGGGUAUCUGGGAGAGGCGAAACAGGGUGAGGGAGGGGCAGAAAACUUGGGGUUCAAAUUUGGUGAUGCACCGAGCUUCAGAGCUUUUGCAGGAGUAUCGGGAUAUACAAUCGGUGAAUCCACGGAUGGCUGCCCGGAGUAUGGAUUUGCGUUGGAAGCCACCUGAUUCAGGUGUUUACAAAAUAAACUUUGAUGGCGCUUUAUUCCUGGAACAGAGGUGCGCUGGCUUAGGGGUGGUUGUGAGGGACUCGGCUGGGCUUGUCAUGGCUGCGUUAAGUCAGAGAGUGCGGCUCCCAGGUUCGGCUGAUGUGGUGGAGGCUUUGGCAACUCGAAGAGCCAUCUGCUUUGCUCAGGAACUCAGCCUUCACAAUGUGGUGAUUGAAGGUGACUCUUUGAGAGUUAUUGAAGCCAUUAUCGAUACUAGGCCAGUGUAG